GAGAAAAGGACUGCACUGACGGCUCUGAUGAAAACAUUUGCGACAUGGACAAUGAUCCCAAUAGAGCUCCACCAUGCGAUCCUUCUGUGUGUACCCUGCCCGACUGCUUCUGUUCGGAGGAUGGUACCACGAUACCCAGUGAUCUCCCGUCUAAGGAUGUUCCCCAGAUGGUCACAAUUACUUUCGACGACGCCAUUAACAACAACAACAUUGGCCUCUAUAAAGAGAUCUUCAGUGGCAAGCGCAAGAAUCCAAACGGCUGCGACAUCAAGGCAACCUUCUUCGUAUCGCAUAAGUACACCAACUACUCCGCGGUCCAGGAGAUGCACAGGAAAGGCCACGAAAUCGCUGUCCAUUCAAUCUCGCACAAUGAUGACGAGCGCUUUUGGUCGGACGCUACCGUCGACGAGUGGGCCAAGGAGAUGGCUGGCAUGAGGAUCAUCGCCGAGAAGUUCGCAAAUCUGACGGAUAACAGCGUGGUCGGCGUCAGGGCGCCGUAUCUGCGGGUCGGUGGUAACAAUCAGUUCACCAUGAUGGAGGAGCAAGCCUUCCUGUACGAUUCCACCAUCACUGCGGCCUUGAACAACCCUCCGCUGUGGCCAUACACCAUGUACUUCAGAAUGCCGCAUCGUUGUCACGGAAAUCUUCAACACUGUCCCACUAGAUCGCACGCCGUGUGGGAGAUGGUGAUGAAUGAGCUGGAUCGGCGUGAGGAUCCACAGAACGACGAGUAUCUGCCCGGCUGUGCUAUGGUGGACUCAUGCAGUAACAUCUUGACCGGCGAUCAAUUCUAUAACUUCCUCAAUCAUAACUUCGAUCGUCACUACGAGCAGAAUCGUGCCCCUCUCGGUCUCUACUUCCACGCCGCCUGGCUGAAGAACAAUCCCGAAUUCUUGGAUGCCUUCUUAUAUUGGAUCGACGAAAUCCUGCAGAGCCACAAUGAUGUGUACUUUGUGACGAUGACUCAGGUGAUCCAAUGGAUUCAGAACCCGCGCACCAUCACCGAGUCGAAGAACUUUGAGCCCUGGCGGGAGAAGUGUACGGUGGAGGGACCUCCGGCGUGCUGGGUGCCCCACACCUGUAAACUGACCUCGAAAGAGGUGCCCGGCGAGACCAUCAACCUUCAGACUUGUGUCCGCUGUCCCAACAAUUAUCCUUGGGUGAAUGACCCGACUGGUGACGGCUUCUUCUAAACUGCCGAGCGCGAUUCUCCUUCUCGUCUAAGUCAAAUUUCUCCUCCUUUCUCCUUAGUUCUGCCAAUCCUUUCCUCCCUGUACCUCAACCUGACGUCGGUCGAAAGGUACGUCGCGAGUCUUCGCGAUCCAACUACGGCGCCGGAAGUCACCGACCAACGCCAAGUAUUCUCGAGACUUUGGAGAGCGAUGGCGAUUACGACGACGAGGCACAUGGAGGAGACAAGGAGAAAGAUCAUUAGUCCGUUAAACUCCGAUGACCGCCCUUAGUUGCCAAUAUUUUUCGCUGUUUUUAUCGUUGAGAACGACGUAUCUGUGAUGAUUAGUUCUGUUCAGUUGAAAUAAUACGGAGUCUAAUGGACUGAAGGUGAAUGGAAUAAAAUGAAACUUUUUACCCGCUUCGCGUUCACAGAUGUCCCUUUAGCAAUGACGUUUAGCUUCGUCUUCAGGUUACACCCGAAAUUAGCACUCUACGUAAAAGGAAAAACACUAUAUUUUUUUGCGCGUGCCUGGUUAUCAGCUGGUAAUUAAAGCUAACGUUCAUUAUAUGCGUCAGCAAUUUGUGAUAGACUCCCGAAGGCGACAUCCUCGAAGUCCACGAGGCGGCAAUGACGGCCACGUUGACCGAUCAUGAUAACGAUGACGAUGACGAGAGCUGCGCGCAUUUCCACUCGAAACCGGCAGAAGCAAAAG